CGUUGGGACAGAGCGUCACUGACGCACAAUCCCCGACGCUCACGUUCACUCUCUCAGUGUCUCAGGGCAUCCGCGGCGCCUCCUCCUCACCAGGUGCUGUGGGCCCGGGCCCGGGCCUGGCACAGAGGGCACUGUACACCCACAGGAGCCGCGCCACUGAGCAGACAGUUGGGAGAAGCCUCACAUGAGCCCUGAGAGGUUGAUUCUCCUCACCAAGAUGUCAAUACCAAGCAAAGGUAACACAAUUCUCCGUCCACUCGAAUUCACUGAAAUAAUGCCACCUGAGGGACAGGUCCUGCAAGUGCCAAUGCCUGGCAAUCAACAUGGGAAAAUAAAAAUAGUGGCAGCCGUGACAGUUCUCGUCUUCAGUGCGAUUAUCACUAUUACUAUUACAUUUAUUUAUUCAUCCGAAGAAAAAAUAUUUUCAAAAGGCGUGGAGAAUGCGAUUGUUGUUGAAGCUUCAAGCACCAGUUCAGCAAUAUAUGUUUACCAGUGGCCAAUAGAAAAGAAACAUAACACAGGUCUAGUUACUGAAAUAUCAUAUUGUUCUGUUAAAGGACCUGGUAUCACUGCUUACAGGAAAAACCCUAAACAAGCAGCUAAGUCGUUGCUUCCCUGCCUGAAUAACACAAAAACAGUAAUCCCAAAAGCUGAUCAUAGCACAACGCGAAUCUAUUUUGCAGCCACGAAUGCAGUACGACUAUUGGAGUACCACGACAAAGCUGCAGCACAGACAAUACUUGCAGAAAUCCAGCAUUUAAUCAAAUCAUUACCAUUUAGUUUUGGAAACUUUCAUAUUCUUUCUGCACAAGAAUUAGGAAGUUUCAACUGGAUCACAGCAAACUAUUUAGAUGGCAGAUUUAUACAGCAGCAAGGAAAUAAUCAUCCACGUGUCCCUUUCAUAUUCCAACGUACGUUAGGUGCCCUACACUUGGGAGGAGUUUCUGCACAUAUAGCCUUUACUCCCAAGAGGAAUGUGAAAAAAUUUGGUACUCCAGCUACAGUUAAGCUGUAUGGGAAGAAUUAUAAGAUCUACGCUUAUAGUUUUCAUUGCUAUGGAAGGUAUGAAGCUGAGAGGAGAUACUUGGUGAAUCUUUAUCAGGCUUCAGAAGCCAAGACCACUUAUGAAAGUCCUUGUUGGCCCUCUGGAUACAAUAAGACAGUUUCUAUGGAUGAUCUAUUUGGAAGUUUAUGCACUGCAUCGAAAAGGCCAGCAAAUUACAAGCCUGAUGAUGAGAUAACAUUCAAGGGAACUGGAAAUCCUGCUAAGUGCCAGGAGUUAGUUUAUUUAUUGUUUGAUUUUGAAGCCUGCGCUGGUAAAUCCUACUGCUCGUUCGAUGGAAUCUAUAUGCCAAAAAUCCGCGGCAAAUUUAUGGCGUUUUCCGGAUUCUAUCACAUCUCAAGAGCUUUGAGGUUGCCGACUUCAUUUUCAGUGACUAGCUUCAGUGAGACACUUUUGUCUUUUUGUACAAAAGGCUGGGCCGAGCUGAAAUUUAUAUUACCAGAUGAUAAAGAUUGUGAUAUCAGACAAUACUGUUUUGACGGAUUCCUAAUGCAUACACUGCUAAUACAUGGGUACAAGUUUUCACCAAUUCGCUGGAAAAAAAUAAGUUUUAUGGAAACUGUGAACGGAAUCCAUGUAAAAUGGUCACUUGGUUACAUGCUAAGUAUCACCAAUACGAUUCCACAAGAGAUUGAAGAGAUCAGAAGUAAAAUAUCUACAACUACAUUUCAAAUAGUUUUAUCUGUGUUUGUAGGAACAGGGAUAAUUAGCAUAUUGGUCAUUUGCAAGCUAAUGUUGUAAUUAAACCAGAAUAAUGUGGAGUCCUGUAGCUCAGUGAUUAGAGCACUCGC